UCUGCUUCUCGCCCGGAAGUCUCGCGUUACUUGGCAGCCUCAGAGGCGCAACGAAGCAGCCGCUGGAGCGACGACGGGAACCCACGGCCCUUUGGCUGAGCUGAACUAUUUGGACUUUUGAACGAAAGAAGGAGCGUCUAUUAAAAUGACGAGAGGAAAUCAACGUGAGCUUGCACGUCUGAAGAAUGCCAAAAAGAAUCCCGACCAGGGGAAACCCAAGAAGGGGGAGGAAGGACUCUCUGCUGCUGCACGGAAGCAGAGGGAUGCCGAGAUAAUGCAACAGAAGCAGAAAAAGUCGGAUGGAGGCGGGAAGGAAGAGACCAAGUCCAAGUAGAGAAGGUUGUCGGAAACAAAUUCAACUCGGCGCUUCAAUAACAUCCCAUGUUAAGCAUUCUUCCUGAUGUUUCUCAGAAUGAUGAUUUUUGUCUAGCCUCAAGAAUCUUGGGUCCCAAGUUCUUCCCCAUGGAAAAAAAACAUGCUUGUUGGAUACUUUGUUUUUUACUUUUGUCCUAUCAAGUUAAUGGUUGUCCCACAUUGGUGCUGCAUGCAUAGAAGCAUCAGUGGUGUAAGCAGCAGACACGCAGGACCUACGUAACAUUUGUGUAUUUUUGUACAAAAAUAUCCCCUGCUGGUUUCAAAUAAAGUGUAUCUUUUUAGUUCAUG